CACUGCUUGCUACCGAUCUUCGGCACAGCUGAAUCGUCACCAUGGUGAACGAAGCGACCCCCUUGCGUUGGGAUAUGCACGCGGCCGAGAUCCAGCGGCAGAAGCGCAUUGCCAAAAUGGUGGGGCUCGGAGCGCUGGCCCUGGUGGUGGUCGUCGUGUUCGGCUGCGCGGCCAUCGAGAACAGUGCGCGGUCGGUCGCUACCGUCACUGCUGCGGGCGACACAGUCAUGUGUGGCACCGCAACCAACGAAGCGGGCUACGUCAAGCUGCCGCACAAGCAGGACGACCAUCUCUUCUACUGGUUCUUCGAGUCCCGCAGAGCUCCUGCUACCGACCCCUUGGUGCUCUGGUUGAGCGGUGGCCCCGGAGUUUCCAGCCUCAUGACGCUCUUGACCGAGAACGGCCCGUGCUUCGUUAAGGAGGAUAUGUCGACGGAGGCCAACCCCAACUCGUGGAACUCGGAGGCCAACGUCAUCUGGCUGGACCAGCCCACGAACGUCGGGUACUCGUACGGCAGCCCCGCAGAUGCCGACCACGACGAGAAGGACGUCCAGGAGAACGUCUACGCGUUCCUACAGGGGUUUCUGGACAAACACCCGGAGCUUCAAGACGGACCGCUGUUCCUCGCAGGCGAGAGCUACGCAGGCCACUACAUCCCAGCAGCGGCGCACAAGAUCCACCGCGAGAACAAAGCGGCGAAGUCAAGGCGUCUAAACCUCCAAGGCAUCGCCAUCGGGAACGGCUUGACCAACACCGUCGUGCAGAGCGAGCACGGGCUGGACAUGGUCAACAACUCGUACGGCGUCAAGCUGAUGGACGACGAUACAUUGGCGAAGGCCAAGAUCGCAGCAACGCAGUGCACUCAGCUCGUGACCGCGUGCCAAACCAACUCGAGCGUCUGCGUCGACGCGGCGCAGUUCUGUCAGUUCAACGUCAUGGGCGCGUACGCUGCUGCUGGCCGCAAUAUGAUGGACAUCCGACAGGAGUGCACCGAGCUGGACCCGAUCAUGUGCUACGGCGACAUGAUCCAGCGGAUCACGGCAUACCUGAACUCGGAGGCCUCGGUGGCGCCUGACGUCGAGCUCGCGUUCGCUGCAGACAUGAUGAAGGGGUUCGAGCAGGACGUCGCGGCGCUGCUGAGCGACAGCUCCGUCCGCGUGCUGAUCUACCACGGCGACGCCGACCUGGUGUGCAAUUGGUUCGGAGGCUUGGCCUGGACGCGCGCGCUGCAGUGGCAGCACCAAGACGAGUUCAAGGCAGCCGAGCAGCGGACGUUCGAGGUGGACGCGAGAGACGCCGGCAACGUCUGGGCGUACGCCGACCGACUCACGUUCCUGCGCAUGUUCAACGCCGGCCACUUGGCGCCCAUGGACCAGCCGGAGGUCGCGCUCGAGAUGAUCAACCGCUUCCUGCGCAGCGAGGCCUUGUAGUCGUCCUGUAUAACUCAUAGGCCGACGUUGAAGUGGUUGGCCUAAAAGAUAUCUGAUUACAGCGG